UGUCCUGGACAGAUCUCCUCUAGUCCCUCCUCACCUCCUCCCCUUCUCACGGAGGCUUUUCUGGCAGCGGCGGCGGCGGCGGCUGGGCGAGCGACGCCGGCGACGUGCAGCACCUGGAAAGCUCAGGCAAAGAGCAGGGUAGCAGGAAAUGGCAGCAUUCCUGAGGUCAAAAUGUCCAUCAGUUGGGCGUACUUUGAUGGGAAGCCUUGGAAAUAGUUUGUUUGGAGCCGCCAACUCUUCUGUUGGGGCAGUAACAAGACCUUCUCAUUGUGAUGCUAUCAGUCAGCAAAUCAGAACAUUCAUCCAGAUGAGGACCAACCUCAAGGUCGUGGAUAACUCUGGGGCCAAGCGGGUUAUGUGCAUACAAUCCUUGAGGGGGAAGAAAGGGGCAAGACUCGGGGACACGAUCAUCGGAUCUGUCAAGGAGGCCCAGCCUCGUGGCAAGGUCAAGAAAGGGGACGUUGUCUAUGGUGUGGUCGUCCGCGCUGCCAUGAAGAAAGGACGCAGCGACGGCAGUGAGAUCCAGUUCGACGACAACGCGAUAGUCCUCGUGAACAACAAGGGCGAGCUGAUCGGCACCCGCGUCUUCGGUCCCGUGCCCCAUGAGCUGAGAAAGAAGAAGCACCUCAAGAUCCUGGCACUGGCUGAGCACAUCGUUUGAGGCCGUGUUGUCAUGGUUCUUAGGUGUCUGCCUGUUAGUUCUGCAGAGCGAAAUGUUUGUGGGAAUGUUUCCGUUCUCUGUUUGAAUAAUGCAUUCUGAAAUGAUAGCAUGAACCAUUUGAACUGCGUUUGAGUCCUGGCAAAAUUCAUGUUCUCGACUUGCAUUUGACGUGAACAGUAUUAUUUUCCAUUUGGAUGGCCAA